AUGGUGACGCACAGACAUGUCCGACCCGCGCUCAUCUUCACCACCUUCAUCCUCUUCAUCCUCUUCAUCAUUGUCGUGAAUGUGGACCCUCCUGCGGCCCAGACCAGCGCUCCUGAGGGAGACACGGGGACCACCACCCACCGGGACCAGUCUCUGCAGCUGGAGGACAUUUUCAUCGCUGUGAAAACCAGCGGCAGGUUUCACCAGAGCAGACUGAGACUACUGCUGAAGACCUGGAUCUCCCUCACCAGAGACCAUAUCUCUCCUCCCCUCAUGCUGCUCUGUGGUGGGUCCUGA